CCUGGGGUCGAGGAGGGCUGAGCGCGUGUCCUUCUGAGUCUGAGUAGCCGGAAGGAGGGCGGGGGUGGAGGGUCCUGUGUCGGGGAGCGAGGCUGCCCUGAGAGGGUAGCACUCGCGUUCAGGGCCUCUGGGUGGACCCGAGCGGUGGAUCCCCGGGCCCCUCGCGCGUUCACCGCGCCCUUCUCCCGCCGCAGUCGUCACCUGCGCCGGCGGGGAGGGAGUCGCUAUGGAGACUGGGGGCAAAGGUGAGAAUUUCGGAGGGAUGCGGCCCCUGCUGGAGACAAAAAAGGAGAAAGGCUGCCCUCUGGCUGGGGCAGGCUCAGGAAGGACGAGCAUCACGUCUUCUCUGGGAGAGAGCCCUUUCCUACCAGUUAGUCUCACGUUGCGGUUUAAGGGGAGCCCGCUACCUGCAUUGCCCUGCUGAGCUUUGGAAUGAUGCCUCCCUUGCCCCCUAAAUCAACAGGGUCACUUUCUGAGGACCUUCAGAAAAGUGACCUUCCCCAUGCUGGAAACCCAAAAGAAAAGGGCCUCACCACUGUGCUGCUGACCCCUGCAUCCCAGGAGUCCUUGAUGAUCAGGGAUAUGGCUGAGGCUCUCACCCAGUGGGGGCAGCUGAACCCUCCUCAGGGAGAUGUGCCUGAGAAGCAUAGGAAUCUGGUCUUGCUGGGGCUGCCAAUUUCCAAGCCUGAUGUAAUCUCUCAGUUGGAGUGUGGGGAGGAGCUGGAGAGAGAAGUCUCAAAAGCAACUAGUCCAGACUGGGAGACAAGACCAGAAAGCACGGCACUCACCCCAGAGCAGGACAGUUCUGAGGAAGACUCAGCCCCUGGGGUGUUAACUGAAAGAUUUCCAAAGGAAGGUUCCAGUGAAGGUGAGGAUUCUUCAGAGAGUCAGCAAGAAAACCACGAGAAACUCUUAAUACAAGAGGUUGCCCCUCAGAAGAAACCUGGGGAGAGAAGUUACCAGCGUGAUGGAUUUGGAAGAAAUUUCAGUCGGAGGUCAUCACUUGUUCAGCAGCAAGGGGAGAGACUACAUCGUUGGGAUUCAUUUAAAAAGAACUUGAAACAAAAUUCAGAUCUAACGAGGCAUGAGAAAACUUGUGCAGGGAAGAAACCCUGGAAGUGUAAUGAGUGCGAGAAGGCCUUUAGCUACUACUCAGCUUUUGUCUUGCACCAGAGGAUUCACACAGGAGAAAAACCCUAUGAAUGUAACGAAUGUGGUAAAGCCUUUAGCCAGAGCAUACACCUCACCCUACACCAGAGAAUUCACACGGGAGAGAAACCUUACAAAUGUCACGAAUGUGGGAAAGCCUUCAGUCACCGCUCAGCCCUUAUUCGGCAUCAUAUAAUCCACACUGGGGAGAAACCCUAUGAAUGCAAUGAAUGUGGGAAGGCCUUUAAUCAGAGUUCGUACCUCACCCAGCACCAGCGAAUUCAUACAGGAGAGAAACCUUAUGAGUGUAAUGAGUGUGGGAAGGCCUUCAGCCAAAGCACGUUCCUUACCCAGCAUCAGGUCAUUCACACUGGAGAGAAACCCUACAAGUGUAACGAAUGCGGGAAGGCGUUCAGUGAUCGUUCAGGCCUCAUUCAGCACCAGAGAACUCACACUGGAGAGAGGCCUUAUGAGUGUCACGAAUGUGGGAAAGCCUUUGGUUACUGUUCAGCCCUGACUCAGCACCAGAGGACUCACACUGGGGAGAAACCCUACAAAUGCAGUGAUUGUGCCAAAGCCUUCAGUGACCGCUCAGCCCUCAUUCGUCAUCAGAGGACACACACUGGAGAGAAACCAUACAAGUGUAAGGACUGUGGAAAAGCUUUCAGCCAGAGCUCGUCGCUUACAAAGCACCAGAAAACUCACACUGGAGAAAAACCCUACAAGUGUAAGGAAUGUGGGAGAGCUUUCAGCCAGAGUUCGUCCCUUUCUCAACAUCAGAAAACUCAUGCUAGAGGGAAGACCAAGGAGUAUGGAAAAGUCUUUAGUGACCAUUCAGCCUUCGGCUAGCAAAAGAGAAUUCAUACUGCAUAAAGACCAUGUAAAUCUAGUACAUUCCGAACAUAUUUAUUGAACAAUGACUAUCCACACUGUGAGGGCGAGAAAGGAAUUUAAGACUGUUACAAAAAAAGAUACCAAUUGAUAAGUCACUGUUGAUAUGGGACAUAGCUUACCUAGAGUGUGAAAGAAUGGUUUUACAUUUUUUUUUAAUGUCCUAAUAGAGGACACUGAAUUUCCCUGGGGAGAAGGGAAAAUUAUUUCCAACACCCUAUUGUGUAUGUAAACUGCAUAGUCCUUGGGAAGGAGAUAGGAUAUGCCACGAUAGAGGAAUCUUAGCUGGGCUGGGUGGUCUCAGAAUGUUAAGGGGCUAAAUACUUAAAAGGAUAAAUGGUUCUUUUAGGGAAGUUGCCAGGGUAGAAAUAAGAGGUUGAUGAUUCACAGUGAGUUUAUCCAGCGGUGAGAGCGGUGGCAGAAGGGAAGUUAUCUUUAGUCUUAAAUACAAGAGCAUUUAGGAGGUAGAUAGAAAGGGUAGAGAAAAAAGAGCUGGGGAGAUGAACUCAAGAAAUGUGGAUUAAAAUAACUACCCAUAUGAAUACAACCAGGAAAAAUACGUCAGACUUGUUGGUCAGUUGCAGUGUUUCCACCUUGAAGCCAAGGAAUGUUGGCCUGGCAGCCCACUUCUGCACUUCUGGUCUUUCAGACCUUACUUUUUGAGAAGUACUGAGAAUCACAUUAACUCCAGGGGUCAAGACUGAAGGCCUAGACAGGGCGACUACAGAAAGGACCUCUGAUGUUUUCAACCUGCUUUAAGCUGAGAAUGUGCUUAUUGACAAAGCUUUACCUCAGUUGUGUGUCAUUUGGACCUUAAGACUUUUUCAUACCAUCACUGAAUUUAGUUGUAGAGCUGAACUGACACGGCAUAUUAGAUAGUGAAAAACAUGAAAAGACUUUGGCAUCCUUACUUUUCACCAGUUUACUCUUGGAUAGAGGGAGGUGAUGUCGUUAAACAUAAUUUGUUUUUCCCUGAAACUUUGAAGGUUAUUUUUGCAAACAUUUUUGACUACUGUGUUUUUAGUUUUUACAAGUUUGACUGUGAUGUCUUAGUGUGCAUUUCUUUGAGUUUAUCCUGUUUUCCCAGCUUCUUGAAUCUUUUAAAUUUAUGUCUUUUGCCAAAUUGGGGGGAUUCUUGGCCACAAUUUCUUUGAAUACAUUUUGAGCCCCCACCCCCCUCUCCUUCCUGAAGACCAGAUUUCACUGGAUUUCACAAAUGUUAGACUGUUGACUGUAGUCUCCUGGGUUCUUGAGGGUCUGUUUAUUUAUUUUUCAGUGUAUUUUUCUCUUAGUCUGCUUGGGUUUCCCUAACAAAAUACCACCGAUUGGGUGAUUCAAACAACAGAAACUAAUUUCUCGCAGUUCUGGAGGCUAGAAGUCCAAGAUCAAGGUGUCGACUUUGGUCUCUGGUGAGGGCUCUCUUCCUGGCUUGCAGAUGGCUGCUUUCUUGCCAUGUCCUCACAUGGCCUUUCCUUGCUGCAUGCGUGUGAAAAGAGAAAGAAAGCUCUCUCUCCCCCUCUUCUUAUGAAGAAGAAGGAGAUUCCUAUCCAGUUAGGAAUCCAGCCUUAUGACCUCAUUGAACCUUAAUUAACUCCAAAAACUCUACCUCCAAAUUCAGCCUAACUGGAAGUUAGCACUUCAACAUACGAAUUUUGGUGGAAUACAAUUUAGUGUUUAGCCUCUGGUCCCCCCAAAUUUAUGUUCUCAUGUACAAAAUACGUUCACUCCAUCCCAACAACCCCCAAAGUCUUAACUCAUUCCAGCAUCAGCUCUAAAGUCCAAAGUCUCAUCUAAACAUCACAUAACUCAGAUAUGAGUGAGACUCAAAGAUUCUCCUGAGGCAAAAUUCUUGUCCAUCUGUGAACCUGUGAAACCAGACGUGUCAUGUGCUUCCAAAGGGAAGAAAUAGGGAAGAAGGAAGGGGUGAUGCGUCCCAAGCGAGCCCAAAACCUAGCAAGGCAAACUGUGAGGCAAACUGCGUGAGGUCUUAAGGUUCUUUGGCUUGAUGCCCCACCUUCCAGACCCACUGGUGCAGCAGACCCUCCAGAAGGCUCCCCUGGGCAGCCCUGCCUCCAAACUGGUUGGAAGCUGUCUGGCCUGUUGAAACUGAGGUGAUGCCCCCAUCCUUUGCAAUCAAAGGCAGGCUAAAGAUCUUUGAACUGACUUCAGAGUCAUUCUUCCUUUUCUUGAAGCUGAAUAAGCUCCCCCAGCUGGCCCUGCAGGGGCCAAGAAGUCCAGCAGUCUUCCUUCAUUUGUCUGGUUUUUCUGUCCCCUUUAGUCCCAGCUGGUGGUGCUUCUGCUGGUGUAGUCCCAUUUCUCUUCCUGGCUUCUGCUGAGAACAGCUGCUUAAAUCUGAGACACACCCUGAUCUCUUGAUCAAAAUGAAUCAAAAUCAGCCACACCCGCAGUGUUCUCUCCAGAGCAAGCUUUUUCAUGGUUUGCAAUGUGGACAGAAUUUUCUAAAUCUCCAAGUUCUAGUUCCUUUUUGUUUAGUAGUUCCUUCCUCAAUUUAUCUCUCGCCUCUCAAGUUUUGCUGUAAGCAGUUAGGAGGACCCAAGCUGUGCCCUCAGUACUUUGCCUGGAACUCUGCUGGAUAUCCAUUUUCACUACUCGCAGGUUCUGCCUUCCACCGAACACUGGAACACAGUUGAGCCACCUUCUUUGCUGCUUUACAACAAGCAUUCCCUUUCUUCAGUUUCCAAUAAUGUGUUCUUCAUUUCCAUCUGAGACCUCACCAGAAUGCUUUUUAAUAUCCACAUUUCUAGUACACACUUCAGAACUUCCAACCUCUACGCAUUACCCUGUUCCAAAGCUGCUUCCACAUUUUUAGGUAUUAGAACAGCAUCACACUUACAGGUACCAAAAUCUGUCUUAAUCUGUUUGGAUUCUAAAACAAAAUACAGGCAGAUCUUGUUUUAUUGCAUUUCACUUUAUUGUGCUUUGUAGGUAUUGUGUGUCUGUGUUUUAACAAAUUCAAGGUUUGUGGCAACCCUGUGUUGAGCACUUCUGUUGGUGCCAU